AUGUCUGUCGAUCUGGCAGUCAUGAUGCCCAUCCGUAUGCCCUCCCCUCCCCUUCCCUUCUCUUUGGCUUUCCACUCUCCCCUUUCGUUUCCCCCCGCCCACAGCUGUCUGCUGGUCGAUCUGGCACUCAUCAUGCCCAUCCGAUUGGUGGUGGCCCCCAUCCUAGCAGGCUUGCUGGUCGAUCUGGCUGUCAUCAUGCCCAUCCGAGUGCCCAUCAAUGAGUCCCCACUUCUCUCUCUCUACCACGACUGGGCUCUCGGCCUCAUUCUUCUCAAGCUCUGGGCCAGAGUGGUGAGCCUCUCCCUCUCCCUCUCUCUGCUGAUGCCCAUUUGCUCUCCUUUUCUCUCUUCCGUCGAGAAAGUGGGAAGUGGUCACCGCACAGAACCACUUCCUAGCCAACCAAGAGUGGCGCGCCUGGUUCCUCCACUUGCACCCUCUUACUCUUCUCCUCCCUCCCCCUCCCCCCCUCUUGCACCGCAGGUCACCGCACAGAACCACUUGCUAGCCAACCAAGAGUGGCGAGCCCGUUUUCUCCGCCUGCAACAAGACGGCCUCCGCCGCCUCGACGCCCGCCGCACCUUCCAGGAAAUUAUCGCUCCAGUCCUCCUCUUCCUCCUCACAGCCCUCACUGCUCCCUUCCUAGCUGUCCGCGCAGCACUCCCCUUGCUCCGCCUCCCCCCUGUGCUCGAAUCAGCGGCGUUCCGGUUCGCGUGGAUUACUGCGUUGGGGGUGGUGGGGACGGCGAGGGUGUGGCGGCGGGUGUGUGAGUGGUUUGCGUCGCUGCAUGAUGCGAUUCGGGACGAUAGAUACUUGGUCGGCCGGCGCUUGCAUAACUUUCAGCACCAGAGAAGAUGA